AUGAAUGGGCAAGAUAUGCCAAUGGACGCAGCAAGUUUUCUACCUUUAGUUCUUCAAGCACAAGACCUUGUUUGUAAAUUAGAAAGUAGAGUUGUGGAGUUGGAAAAUGACCUUGAGACUAUUAACGAGGCACACGAACAAGAACGGGAGCAACUACUUCAAGAAAUCGGUGAAAAGGAUGAAUAUAUUCAUAAUUUAAAAACCAAAGUUAGUCGUCUUGAAUUCGGAGCACGAGAAGCAAUUGUCGUGCUUGCGCGGACAAAUAAUGUUAAAGUUCCUCGAAAUAAUGCCGGGCGACGUAAUCAUCGUAAUUAUGAGACCCCAAAAAGGCGUCAGAGUCAGUUAAGCGACUUUGACACUACUAAGAAUAAUAAUAGUAGUAAACAAUUGCCGCCGCAUCCAAUUGUCCCUGUUCGACGUGACUCUAAAUUACAGCCUUCGAGCGAGGAGAUAACUCCGGUGGAUGAAGAAAUUAAAAAUACAGUUGCUGUUGACGAGCUUGACCGUCUAGAAGAUUUGGAUGGGUCAGAAGAUAUUACAGCUUUCGACCUGCUGACUGAUGACGAAGAUACUAAUAAUUUCGCUUCUCAGUAUCAAAAAAGAGAAACUGUUGAAGAAACAAGCGAAUCAAACCUUGUUAAUUUACACGAGGAGCCACAGGAAUAUAUCAAUAAUAUCAAACCCGACGAGGAUGAACAUCGCCCCAUUGAAAACGUUUCUCAUCAUACUCAAAGCAUUUGUCCUAAUUGUGAAUCCUUACUAGCUCAAGCAGAUCAACAUAUAGAGGAACGAGCAUAUAUAAAACGUGAUCUUUCAGCUCUUGCUAUAUCAUUAUCAGAGGAACAAACCCUUCGUAUGCAAAUUCAAUCCGCCAAAGAGGAUUUGGAAUCCGAAAUUGACGACUGGGUAAACGCCAUGUUUGAAAAAGUUAAUCAAAUGGUCUUUGAUGAAGCGAAUGCACGAGAAGAUCUAGAAAUAUUAAACCGAGAGACAAAGGGUAAAUUAUCCGAAGCCCUAAAAGCUUCCGCUUCUCGGGAGGAUCGCUUGCGUGAGAUGAAACUACUGUUAGUUCACUUGGAUUCUACAAAACAGAGACAGGCAAUACAAACUUCAACACCUGCUCCCGGAGUACUAAGUCGAGCAUCUAGCAUUCGAAGAAGCAUAAUGUCUAAUUCUCCUAUAAGUAGUCCACGCGCUAGCAGAAACUUUGGUCACAUGUCACCCAGCUUAUUCUCGAUGGACGAUUUCAUGUUUGCAAAAGGCAAAAAAAUAUAUCUUGAUGGUAUUGUAUAUGAAGAAUUCCAAGAAUACGUCAAAGCUUUUACGACAUCUCCAGCACCCAAUAAUCUUAAUCUAAAUGCACCUUUCAUGAAACGUUGUAUGGCUGAAGAUAUUCAACCUUGUCUGUUUGAAGGAAAAUCCGGGUGGAAAUCGCCAUUCUAUAAAAGACGUCUGUUAGAAGCAAUAAUGAAGAGCCAAUGCGAAAUUCAGACAAUAUAUUUCAAUUCAUCUAUGCCCGGUACUCCAACCACAAGUCAAAUCAGCAUCUCAUCUCGCUCUAGCUACCAAGAACCUCCACCACCACCAAAAGUAAAAUGUGGUCUAUGUGGAUGCUCAAGAAGCUGUGAAUAUAGAAUGAGAAUAUCAGGGCCAGAUGCAGCAGUGCCACCGACAGCCACCACACUUAAUUCGUCUGCACGUUUAUCAGUCACCGAGAAACCUGGAUGGAUUCCGCUUGAUCGUUUCUGUCGGGAUCGUGUUGUGGCUGUUUGUGAUUUCUAUGCUUAUCUCUCACAUCUUCGUCAAGGAUUGCUAGCAAAUUCGCCUGUAUGGGGAAUGUACAAACAAUGUCUCAAGCAUCGAAGAAAAAUGGGAAUGGCUCGUGUUGGUAGUAUUAGCAUGUUUGAACAAGACGAUAACACUGACUUCGAGAAUGCAGAUAUGGAAGGAAUGGUGACGGACAAUAGACGAAUGAUGCCUAAAAAAUUGAAAAUAUCAGAUUCCGCUCCACAACUCAUGGGUCCGCGUAUUAAUACUCUUUGGCCAUCUAUUUCAUUCCUUUCGAUCGCAGGUGCUUUGGCUCGAAGUUCCGAUUCUCAUGACUAA